ACGCGGGUCAGGCAGGGGAGGGAAGACGCAAGGAAAAGAAGAGGAGGCCAAGCUCAAUCCCAAUCCCAAACCCAAACCCUAGUCGCAUCCUGUUCCAGGUCGAUCUCGCGUCCGGGCGAACUAUGGCGGCGGUGGCCGUCCUACGCAGGCUGGCGACCAAGUUCCAGAUCCCCGGCGCUGCUGCCCAUCGUUCUCUAAAGGGCGAUCUUCAACAUGCUCUUAUGUUAAAAAAUAACAUUGAAUCUGCUGAACACAUGGAUCUUAUCUCCAGUGCAGACCUGUUAGCUAAACAUCGUCAACAAACUGAACAAACCAUCAGCCAAAUUUCCGAAAGGUGGGAGAAAAUUUCGGAAAGGAUGCGUAAGAGUACAGUGAGAUUUGGCUGUGCUGCUGUCGUGCUUUGUGCCCUUGAUAGGUUGACAGAUGUACUGGUUAACGAAUAUGAGGCCGAGCCCCUCGAGGGUCAAGUUGAAGUUAGAGGUGAAUAAUGACUGCUGGGCUGUCAGCUCUAUGCUUAGUUACCAUCUAUGAUUUGUGUGCUCCAGUCUGUAGAUAUUGUCUCGGUGUCAUAUAUCGUUUUGUCUAUGAUAUGACAUUU